AGAGAGCUCAUUUGUUCUGUGGACGCCGAGUUGCCCGUUUUGCAGCAUUCCAUAUCGCACCCACACUGACACACACAAACAGGUAAAGUGAACACCCGAAGAGACGCGAAAGAGUAAUCUUUUCAAACGUUUCCUAUUCGCUACAUCACUUUCAAAGAAGGCACACUCGUCGAGGUUAAUUCUCUUUUUCUUUUCCUCAUUUUAACCACUGGCGCUGACAACGCAGCAUUUUAAUUUGCUUUUCAUUUUGCUGUCCGUUUUGUCUCGCUGGCUACAAUAUUCCAUAAGCAUUAAUACUACUCGUUUGCGAUUCCUCGUGACUGAUACCUUGCCUCCACAUUUUCAAACAGAGGCGGAGGUAAGAGGAGGAAAAAAAACCUGCGUAUUGAAGAUGCGCUCCCUUCUCACUCAUCAUCAGGCCGUGGGCGCUGUGGUCGUUCUCAUGCUCCUCCUGCUUGACGUAUCUGCCGUUGUCAGCGCCGUCGGCAAACCGCGCAGCACGAAGUUGCCCGCCAGUGUCGACCCGCUGCACCCACGCGUGAACAUCAACUGGACGGAGCAAAGCGCCAACGUCAACCUCACCAAGGAGGAGCGAAAGAGCAUUUUACGCAGCAAGCUCGUUCUCACAAAACUGGUCGUUCUAAACCGUCACGGCCACCGCGCACCCAACGCGCCGUACUGGCAGAUGUGCCCCAACGACGCCUUCAACAAGCAACGCUACGACGUUGCGCCAGAGGACCUGACGGGGCUCGGCAUGCAGGAGGAGUACCAUUUCGGCCAGUACAUCCGCGACACCUACCACAGCUUUCUCGGCGACAAGUUCAACCGCUCCCUCCAUUACUUCCGCGCCGUCGGCGAGCCACGCAUCCUGCAGUCUGCCAUGGCUGUGGCGCAAGGCAUCUUUCCGAACGGCUUCGGCCCCGGCGGCCACCUGCCCUCCCGCCCUCAAUUUGUGCCGGUCUUCUCGGACAUGGACACGCACGAGUACCUGCUCGAUGACGUCCCCUGCUUCCGCCGCGCCGAGAACGACUCUCACCGCUGGCUGGAAACGCGCUACCCUGACUUCAUCGAGGACCCCUACAACAAGAGAGUGAUUGCCACCAUCAAGGAGAUGUGCGGCCCCUACAACGGUACGGCCAAGAACUACGCCUACAUCAAGACGGUUGCGGACGGUCUCACCUUCAGCACUGACUUUGGGCUCAACGUGCUGAACGGCAAGCUCUCACCACAGAUGCUCUUCGACAUCCGCAACGUCUCGCUUCAGUUGCUGAUGCAGCGCCUGUAUAACACGGACGAGCAGCAGACCUACACAGUUGUCGAUCUGCCCCGCAGCGUGCUGCAGACCUUCAACCACACCCACAUCGGCGACUCACCGGCGCAGCUCAACGACUUCUACGACACCCGGCAGGAGUCGAACUUCUACUUUAUGCACCGCGAAGCCCUCUACGCCUUUGCGCAGUUCUUCGGCUUCCAGUACAACGUGGCGGGUCUGCCGCCGGGCGAGGUGCCGGUCGCGGCCUCCCUCAUUAUGGAGAAGUUGAUGCCACGCCAGGAUCAGUUCUCGCACGACGCGAGGAAGAUCUACGUCCGCAUUAAGCUCUGGACGCCUUACAACGGCAUCUACUCGAUCCCCAUCUCGAAGUGCCGCAUUCCGGAGCUGUGUGAACUGCGCGAACUGUUUGAUAUCCACGACACGCGUGUGAAGCGCACCGGGACGUGGGAGACGCUUUGCCACUACAAACCGCAGGAGAUCGACCACACGACGGACAUCCGUUAA